AUGUCGACAUGGGUGCAAGAUGUCGAAGAUAUCUCUCGCGAGACCAAAACGCCCGGUCUCACGGGGCGAGUGCACAUCAUCGGUCUCGGAAAUGCAGGGACAUUCAUUGCCCACUCGCUUGCGUCACGACAAUCACCGCCUCCAAUUACCCUCCUUAUGCACCAAGCCUCAUUCUACCAUGCGUUCCGGCGGAAGAAGCGGAGCUUGGCUGUUAACUACAACGGCCUCGACGAUAACAGGACGGGCUUCGAUGUCGAAGUUUUGCACGAUAAAGUGUGGCACAGGAUACCUUCAAAGGAUGAGCAACUCGAAGCCAAUGAGGACCCUGAUGUUCUCGAGAGUGCAGAGGAUGUGCCUGAGGAGGAAGGACAUAUCGAAUGCUUGAUUGUCUGUUGCAAGUCAUAUAUGACCGAAAAGGUUAUCAGAGGGGUUCGUCACAGACUGAGCCCCGAUUCGACUAUCCUUUUCAUUCAGAAUGGUCUGGGCAUUAUCGAGAAGCUUAACAAAGAGAUCUUCCCGGACGAGAAGAGUCGGCCGAACUACAUGCAAGGCGUGCUCAGCCACGGUCUGAAGAAACAAGACUCCUACAAGGUCGGCCACGUGAAUGUUGGGUCAUUGAUCCUCAGCCCGGUGGUCACUGGCCAGACCCCGCUGAUCGAGGCCGAGAAGGACACACACUGGGCUCCUACAACAAAGUACCUCCUACGUCUUUUGACCCUCACACCUUCGCUUGUCGCUACUGCCGAUACGCCCGCUGGCAUUUUGCAAUACCAGCUGGAAAGACUGGCCGUUGGCUGCGUUCUCGGCUCUCUCGGUGCGAUCCAUGAUUGCAAGAAUCGCGAACUUCUGCACAACUUCCCAGUCUCUCGCACCAUGCGACUGCUUCUCUUGGAGAUCUCCAGUGUGAUCUGCGCUCUCCCCGAGCUGCGUGGCAUUCCAGGCAUUGAGGAUCGGUUCUCACCAGAGCGCUUGCGCCGACUAAUCCUCAACGUUGCCUCAAAUCGCCCCGAGGACACCAGCUCAAUCCGGAACGAUUUGCACUACCAGCGAAACACGGAGAUUGAUUUCUUGAACGGAUGGAUUGUGAAGCGUGGCGAAGAGCUAGGCAUGAAAUGCGUGCUGAACUACAUGAUUCAACAGCUGGUUCUGAGCAGGAUGUAUAUCAUCAAUCAUAGGGAGGCCAGCGCCGUCCCGAUCGAUUUCGAUAAUGUCAUUCUCUCCGGUGACAAGAGCAAAGAUGAUUAA